AUGGCCCUUCCCAAACGCAUCAUCAAGGAAACGGAACGCCUUCUGGCCGAUCCUGCACCAGGCAUCAGCGCCACCUCCCACGAAGACAACCUCCGUUACUUUGACGUCGUCAUUGCUGGACCCAACCAGUCGCCCUUCCAAGGUGGUAUCUUCAAGCUGGAGCUGUUCUUGCCCGAGGAGUACCCCAUGUCGCCCCCCAAGGUCCGCUUCUUGACCAAGAUCUACCACCCCAACAUUGACAAGCUCGGCCGUAUCUGCCUCGAUAUCCUGAAAGACAAGUGGUCGCCAGCUCUCCAGAUCCGCACUGUCCUCCUCUCUGUCCAAGCAUUGCUCUCGUCGCCAAACCCUGAUGAUCCUCUUGCCAACGACGUUGCCCAGCACUGGAAGGAAAACGAGAACGCUGCCAUCCAGACCGCUCAGGAAUGGACAAGAAAGUAUGCCACUGCAUAA